AUGUCCCCCACCCCCCACCCUCUUCCCACCACACAGGGCGGGUCAGUGACAGAAGCAGUUGUGUGGCAGUGUUUGGCGGAGGCGUAUCUAACUGGCGGGCGGGCGGCAGAUGCCGACCUUUGUGUGGCCAAGUGUCAGACGCUGGACCCAUACUCUGCUGACACGUGGAUGGUGGCAGGCAUGCUUGAAGAGGCAAGAGGCUGCCCCGAGGAGGCCCUUGCCUGCUACCGCAGUGCCUUGGCCAUCGACCAAUGGCACGCUGCCAGCAAGGCACGGCUGGGAGCCCUGCUGCUGCAGAUGGGCGGGGAGUGGCUGCACAUGGCGCAGGUGUACCUGAGGGAGGUGGUAUCUGGUGAUGGGUUUGAUGCACGUGCGUGGCAUGUGCUGGGAUUGGUGGAGAGAGGGCGUGGGGAUGUGGGAGCUGCUGCCGAGUGUUUCAGGCGAGCUAUGGAGGCGGAGGAAACGGCCCCUGCUGUGCCGUUUAAUACACUUAGGCCGAUCCUGCCGCAGCUGCUUCUGUAA